AUGAAGACCUUUUGCUGUUGCAUACCCGUUCGUCUGGGGGUUCUUAUACUUGCGCCAGCAACGACGGUUUUGGCCUCUCUCCUCGCCUACACACAACUUUCUCUGCUCAUCAACUACCAGAAUCAGUAUGGCACUUUCGAAAAGGCGAUUCACGGAGCACUUGCCGGUAUCACGAUCCUGAUCGCACUCGCAUCCCUCUUCGGACUGCUCGGUGCGGUUCUGGCACGACGCUCACUAGUAGCCUUCUAUUCGAACACGCUCUGGUUGGGUCUGUUGAUAUUUGCCGUUCUGGGCGGCAUCGAAAUUUGGCAACUCUUCCGCAAUAAGGAUUCCUUCGCCAGCCAGUGUGAAGCUCGGACGAACAGCAACACAAAGGAGCUUCAAUCUCUCUUUGGCUCUUCGUUGCAAGGACCGACAGACGAAGUAUGCAAGAAGCUCGCCGAUAUCAACGCUAUUGUGAUCACCGUUCUUUUCGGCAUUCUGGUCUUGGUUCUUGCAUGGCUUAUCAACAUCGUUUCUCAGUACAAGCAUCAGCUUCGAGAGAGGGACGCGACGUAUGGCGGUCACGCGUAUGCAGGCCGCGGCGACCGCUCCCGUGUGUUUGGCAACACCGGCAAAAGCUCUGGCUACCAUCCGACUGAAACCCGCGAGGUCGACGAGAGCGGGGCUAAGCUUCUGCAUGUAACGCAGCCACCAGCCGGCUGGAAAGACAUGUCGCAUCAGCAACAACCGUACCAUCAUACCUCUGGCUCGUAUGCGGCAUACGGCAAAGCAUGA